UGAAAGUUUAUAUCAAAAACAUAAAAAAUGCAGAACAUAUUUAACAGAAAGAUUAAAUAAUUAAAUUUAACUGAAUAUAUGACAAUAUUUUAAUAAUUCGGAGCGAAAAAUCAAGAUUUAUAUAUUAACCACGCUCACCAAAAUGCUCUGCUAGCUAGCUAUACAAACUUCGAUAAGAUUUUUAUUUAUAUCUCCAUAUAAGUUCUGUAAUUUAAUAAUCUUUUAUAAGAUGGAAGAAUCUGGAGUUGUUGUAGUGCGAGCAAAAUCACAACGUAAAGUAUUUAAACCAAUUAGAACAGUUACCAAAAUACCAGAUGAAUUGCUAAAUAACCAAGACUUGAAAGAUGCAAUAAGUGCACUUCCCCAAAAUUAUAACUUUGAAAUUCCUAAAACGAUAUGGAGAAUAAAAGAAACAAAGGCAAAACGUGUUGCACUACAGAUGCCAGAAGGUCUCCUGAUGUUUGCAACUACAAUUUCAGACAUAUUAACAAAGUUCACAGACUGUGAUACAAUAAUUAUGGGAGAUGUGACAUAUGGUGCAUGUUGCAUAGAUGAUUACACUGCUAUUGCUUUGAAAGCGGACCUGCUUGUUCAUUACGGUCAUAGCUGCUUAAUUCCCAUUGAUCAAACAAGAAAUAUUAAAGUUCUUUAUAUUUUUGUUGAUAUAAAAAUAGAUGCAUUGCACUUUACAGAAACUGUAAAAUUAAACUUCCCUGAUACAGCUAAAAUAGCUUUAGUUAGUACAAUACAAUUUGUAGUUACUUUACAAGCGGCAGCUAAUGACCUGCGUAAAGCUGGAUACGAGGUUACAAUACCCCAAUCCAAACCUUUAUCACCUGGUGAAAUAUUAGGAUGUACUGCUCCUUAUAUCACUAAUGCUGAUAUUUUGAUUUAUAUUGGUGAUGGAAGAUUUCAUUUAGAAGCAGCUAUGAUUGCCAAUCCAAAAUUGAAAGCUUAUAGAUAUGACCCUUAUGAAAAAAAGUUUACAGAAGAGUUUUAUGAACAUGAGCAGAUGCGCUUAACUAGAAGGAAGGCAGUAAAAACAGCUGCUAAUGCUAAGAAGUUUGGCUUGAUAUUUGGAACUUUAGGGCACCAGGGUAGUCCCAAAGUACUGGAACAACUUCAAAAUCGCUUGGAUCUUGCAGGAAAAACAGUUUUAAAUAUACUACUAUCUGAAAUUUUUCCUCAAAAAUUAAAGUUGUUUAAAGACAUUGAUGCUUUUGUACAAGUGGCUUGUCCCAGAUUAUCAAUAGAUUGGGGCGAGGCAUUUGCUCAACCCCUAUUAACACCUUAUGAAUUAUCAGCUUCCCUCAAUGAUAUUGAAUUCAGAGAUGGCAAUUGUCAAGGAGACAGCUAUCCUAUGGAUUACUAUGCAAGUAAUAGUUUAGGCCCUUGGACUCCUAACCAUAAACCAGAUUUACUAAUAAAGAAAGAAUGCUGUGGUAAAUGUGACAAGGCAAAAUAG